AUGGAGCGUUCCGCUUGGCCUAAGAGCCUCUCCUCCAGCCGCAAGCGGGAGAUCCAGGAGCUCUGUGGCCAAAAUCCCAAGAAGUUCAGAGAUGCCUUCGACGCUCACUCUCAAACUGGCGAUGACCCACGGCAGCCCUUGUUUGCGGGAGAUCUGAUCGUCAGCGUCCUCGGGUCGUUCAGCAGCAACACCCAAUCCCUAUCGAGCCGGGCUGAGUCCUAUGAGGUCUCGCAGCGUCAAGUCUCCGGUCCAGAGGUCUCCGGUAGAGAGCGUCAAGCCCCCGUCCAGAGGUCUCCGGUAUCCAUCUUGUGGGAACAGCCGCUAGUGGAGGCUGCGACGGCGAUAUACGAGGGCAGAGUGGACGUGGCUUCAAAGAUCUUGAGGCGCUUGUCUGCCUUGCUGAACCCCAUGAGUACUUCAAAGCAGAAAUUGAGGGGAUACAUGUUGUCUGCGCUUAAAUCGCGCGUGAGCCCCAUCGUACCCCCUCCCGUGGCGGAGUUGUUCACCGAGGACCAUGUGUUGUCGGUUCGGUCACUUUACGAUCUGUCUCCUUGUUUUAAGCUCGGUUUCAUGGCUGCCAAUAACGCGAUUUUGGAGGCUGCAUCGGAGCAACCCUCCACUAACAAGCUCCAUGUAAUUGACUUCGAUAUUGGUUGGGAAGGACAGUACUACGAUCUCCUUGACGAUCUGUCCAUGCGUCAGGAGGGCAAUCAAUUCACCCUCAAAAUCACGGCGCUCGCAGACAGCUUCUACGGUGAGAAGAGGCUCAGGAUGCUUGGGAAUCGACUGAGGGAACUCGCGGCCUGUAGGGAAGUUAGGUUAGUAUUCAACAUCGUGAGCCAGAAGCUGAGCGAGUUGAACCGCGACUCGCUGGGCUGCGAGCCCGACGAGGUGCUGGCGGUGAACUUGGCGUUCAAGCUGUACAGAAUGCCGGACGACAGCGUGUCUGUGGAGAACCCGCGCGACGAGCUCCUCCGGCGCGUGAAGGGUCUGGCGCCGCAGGUGGUGACGCUGGUGGAGCAGGAGAUGAACGGGAACACGGCGCCAUUCCCGGUGCGCGUGGGGGAGGCGCUGGCUUACUAUGGGGCGCUGCUCGAGUCGACCGACUUUCAAGUGCCGCGGUACCUGCUGGAGAAAGUGAUGGCGGAGGAGGGGCUGAGACGGAAAUUGGGGAACUGGGUUGCUUGCGAAGGUAGGGACCGGGUUGAAAGAUGCGAGGUGUUCGGGAAGUGGAGGGCCCGCAUGGGGAUGGCUGGGUUCCAGUUGAAGCCACUGGAUCGACACGUGGCCGACUCGUUGACGGCGUCGCUCCACCGUUUGAAGUGGACCCGGGACCCGAGAUUCACGGUGACAGAAGAGAAUGGUGUGAUUUGCUUCGGCUGGCGCGGCCGAACUCUCACCGUCGCAUCGGAUUGGCGUUAACCAAAUUGAUAUACAUAUGUGUAUGUUAUGUGCUAUGGAUGGCGAUGGCGAUGGGGAUGGGGAUGUGAUAUCCAUAAUGCAUUCUUUUCAAGAUGUAUUUCCUGAGAAAAUGGGAAAAUAAGAAGAGAAUCCCAUUUCCCCACCCAUGCAAAUGA